AUGGCGCGCCCCUCCCCCGCCCCCGGCCCGGUGCUGGUGCCGGUUCUGGUCCCGGUGCUGCUGCUGGGGCUCCUGAGCUCGGGCUGCCACGGGCUGAUCCGGGGGGCGCUGCCGUUCGGGCUGGCGCGCCGGGAGCUGGCGUGUGAGGGGUACCCGCUGGAGCUGCGCUGCCCCGGCAGCGACGUCGUCCUGGUGGCCGACGCCAACUACGGCCGGACCGACGACAAAAUCUGCGACGCCGACCCCGGGCAGAUGGCGAACGUGCAGUGCUACCUGCCCCAGGCCCAGCCCAUCAUGGCCCAGAGGUGCAAUAACCGCACUCAGUGCGUGGUGGUCGCCGGCUCCGACGCCUUCCCCGACCCCUGCCCGGGCACCUACAAAUACCUGGAGGUGCAGUACGACUGCGUGCCCUACAAAGUGGAACAAAAAGUUUUCGUCUGCCCGGGGGUGCCGCAGCGCGUGGGGCCGGCGCUGUCCACGCACGAGUCUCCGCACCAGGCGGGCGGCUGGUGCCGGGACCCGCUGCAGUCGGGGGACCGGCUCUACGUGCUGCCCUGGGUGCCGUACCGCACCGACACGCUCACCGAGUAUGCCUCCUGGGCCGACCUGGUGGGCGCCCGGCCCGCGGCCACGCACCGGCUCCCGCACCGCGCCGACGGCACCGGCUUCGUGGUGUACGACGGCGCCGUGUUCUACAACAAGGAGCGCACCCGCAGCAUCGUCAAGUACGACCUGCGCACCCGCAUCAAGAGCGGCGAGACCGUGGUGGGCGCCGCCAACUAUCACGACACGUCGCCUUAUCGCUGGGGCGGCAAGACCGACAUCGACCUGGCGGUGGACGAGGAGGGGCUCUGGGUCAUCUACGCCACCGAGGGCAACGGCGGGCGGCUGGUGGUGAGCCAGCUGAACCCCUACACGCUGCGCCUGGAGGGCACCUGGGAGACCGGCUACGCCAAGCGGGCGGCCUCGGACGCCUUCAUGGCCUGCGGGGUGCUCUACGUGGUGCGCAGCGUUUACCUGGACGACGACACGGAGCACCUGGGCAACGCGCUGGUCUACGCCUUCGACACGCGGCGCGGGCGCGGCUCGGCGCUGGCGCUGCCCUUCCCCAACCCGUACCAGUUCGUGGCCUCGGUGGGCUACAACCCCCGCGACAACCAGCUGUACGUGUGGAACAACCACUUCCUGCUGCGCUACGGCCUCGACUUCGCGCCCCUGGACGGCGACGGUCCGGUGACGACGGAGCAGCCCAGCGCCGCCCCCCCUCACCCCACGGCCCCCCCCAGCUCCGCCGCCCCCCCGUACCCCACCCCCACGGCUCGCCGGGGCCCCCUCACCCCCCGGCCCGGGCCCCCCCCGGGACCCCCCCCGGGCCCCGCGCACAGCGCCGCCACCCCGGGAGGGUCCCCGGGACCCCCCAACAGCGGCCCGGGGCUGGGGGGGGCGCGGGCCCGGGGGGGCCCGGGGGGGGCCCCGGGGGGGGGCGGGGGGCGCCUGUGCGAGGCGCGGGAGGUGCGCAGGGUGCAAUGGCCCGCGGCCCAGCAGGGGGCGCUCGUGGAGAGACCCUGCCCCAAAGGGACCCGAGGCAUCGCCUCCUUCCAGUGCCUGCUGGGGCUGGGGGUGUGGAACCCCCGCGGGCCCGACCUGAGCAACUGCACCAGCCCCUGGGUCAACCAGGUGGCCCAGAAGAUCAAGAGCGGGGAGAACGCUGCGUCCAUCGCGGGGGAGCUGGCGCGGCACACGCGGGGCCCGGUGUUCGCCGGGGACGUCAGCUCGGCCGUGCGGCUGCUGGAGCAGCUCCUGGACAUCCUGGACGCGCAGCUGCAGGCGCUGCGCCCGCUCGAGAGGGAGUCAGCCGGGAAAAACUACAACAAGAUGCACAAGCGGGAGCGAACCUGCAAGGAUUACAUCAAGGCCGUGGUGGAGGCUGUGGACAACCUGCUGCGUCCAGAGGCGCUGGAGUCGUGGCGGGACAUGAACGGCUCCGAGCAGGCACACACGGCCACCAUGCUGCUGGACGUGCUCGAGGAGGGCGCCUUCCUGCUCGCCGACAACGUCAAGGAGCCCGCGCGCUUCCUGGCCGCCCGACAGAACCUGGUGCUGGAGGUGUCGGUGCUCAACACCGAGGGGCCCCUCCAGGAGCUCGUGUUCCCGCAGGAGCUGGGGGGUGACGGCUCCAUCCAGCUCUCGGCCAGCACCCUCAAACAGAACAGCAGGAACGGGGUGGUGAAGGUUGUCUUCAUCCUGUACAACAACCUGGGACUGUUCCUGCCCACCGAGAACGCCACCGUGCGCCUGGGGGGGGACGGGGGGCCCCGCGCCCCCCAGCUCGUGGUCAACUCCCAGGUCAUCGCCGCCUCCAUCAACAAAGAGUCCAGCAGGGUCUUCCUGCGGGACCCUGUGGUCUUCACCCUGCCCCACCUGGAGACCAAGAACCACUUUGGGGCCAACUGCUCCUUCUGGAACUACUCGGAGCGCUCCAUGGCCGGGCACUGGUCGAGCCAGGGCUGCCGCCUGCUGCGCUCCAACGGCACCCACAGCUCGUGCGCCUGCAGCCACCUGACCAACUUCGCCCUGCUGAUGGCACGGAGCCAGAGCUUCCCUGGGCGGCUGAACGAGGUGCUGCUGUCGGUGAUCACCUGGGCGGGGAUCCUGGUGGCCCUGCUGUGCCUGGGCCUGUCCAUCUCGGCCUUCUGCUGCCUGCGGGGGCUGCCCUCGGAGCGCACCACCAUCCACAAGAACCUCUGCAUCAGCCUCUUCCUGGCCGAGCUGCUCUUCCUCGUGGGCAUCGACAAGACGCAGUACCAGGUGGCCUGUCCCAUCUUUGCCGUGCUGCUGCACUAUUUCUUCCUGGCGUCGUUCUCGUGGCUGUGCCUGGAGGGGGUUCACCUGUACCUGCUGCUGCUCGAGGUGUUCGACAGCGACCCCGCCCGCCGCAAGUACUACUACGCGGGGGGUUACUUCUUCCCCGCCGUCGUGGUGGCUGUGGCAGCCGCCGUGGACCACCGCAGCUACGGCACCGACCAGGCGUGCUGGCUGCGGGUGGACAAUUAUUUCAUCUGGAGCUUCAUCGGGCCCGUGGCCUUUGUCAUCCUCGUGACGCUGGUGUUCCUGCUGGUGACCCUGCACAAGAUGCUGCGCAGCUCGGCUGCCCUCAAACCCGACUCCAGCCGCCUGGACAGCAUCAGGUCGUGGGCGCUGGGGGCCAUCGCGCUGCUGCUGCUUCUGGGGCUCACGUGGGCCUUCGGGCUCCUCUUCGUCACCCGCGAGUCCGUGCUGACGGCGUCGCUGUUCACGGCCUGCAAUGCCCUGCAGGGCACCUUCAUCUUCCUCUUCCACUGCGCCCUCCAGAAGAAGGUGCACCGGGAGCUCAGCAAGUGCCUGCGGCACUCGGGGUGUUGCCUCAGGGGCCCCCCCGGGACCUCCCUGGGCGCCCUCAAACCCUCGGCCGCCCGCGCCCACCCCCGGUACUACAGCGGCACCCAGAGCCGGAUCCGGAGGAUGUGGAAUGACACGGUCCGGAAACAGACGGAGUCCAGUUUUAUGGGGGGGGACCUGAACAGCACCCCAACCUUGAACCGAGGGUCGCACCUCCUGCCCAACCCGGUGCUGCCGCCGCGGGGGGGGUCGAGCCCCUACAACACCCUUCUGGCCGAGGGGGGGGGCUUCACCCCCGCCUCACCCCCAGCCUUCACUGCCCCAGGGAGCUUCCGUGACACCAAGCCCCCCCGGGAGCCCCCGGAGCCGCUGCCCCUCAACGGCAACUUCAACAACAGCUACAGCCUGCGGGGGGGCCCCGAGGGGGGGCCCGGGGGGGUGGCCCCGGGCCGGGGGGGUUGUCCAGGGGCCCCCCCGGACGCGGCAGCGCUGGAGAAGAUGAUCAUCUCGGAGCUGGUGCACAACAACCUGCGGGGAGGGGGCUCCGCGCACGGGGGGCCCCCCCCGCCGCCGCCGCCCCCUGAGCUGGCGCGGGGGGGGCCGGGCGGGCUGGGGCCCCCCCCCCGACCCCCCACGCGACCCCCGGCACCCCCCCCCCUCCGCGGGACUACCCCGACAGCAGCCCCGAGGGACCCCCACCCCCCGCGCCCCCUUACCUGGGGGGGCCCCCCCCGCGCGCCCCCCCCCAACCGCCGGCACAGCCCCGAGACCUUCGGGGGGCCCGAGGGGGGCGCGGGGGGGGGCCGAGCCCGACGGGCAGAUGCAGCUGGUGACCAGCCUGCCCUGGCCUCGCACGAGGAGCUGUGGGUGUGCAAGGCCGCGGUGUCACACAAGGAGCCGCGGGUGUGCAAGGCCACGGUGUCGCAGGAGGAGCUGCAGGUGUGCCAGGCCACGGUGUCAUCCUGGGAGCUGCGGCUGGGCAAGGCCAUGGUGUCGCAGGAGGAGCUGCGGGUGUGCCAGGCCACGGUGUCACACCAGGAGCCACCGCUGGGCAAGGCUGAGGUGUCACGCUAG